CAUAAUUAUCUUUAAAUAUUGCUUUUCCGGAUCCUUAUCUAUAAUUAUUCUCAAUACUGCUGUCUGUUCAGACUAAAAAAUUUCUACAAAUCUUUUAAUUUAACAUGAACCAAAUGAAGCCGGCUCCCAAAAUGUAGAGGCAAACUCCUAAUUUUUUUUUUUUUUUUUUUGGAAUAUGGGAGAAUGUGGGGAAAUGGAGAUAAUUUGGCUGUUAUUGUAGUGGAGGAAACUCUGACAAUGUCAGAAGUUCAAUGCACUUGAAUGAGACAUCCAAAGCUGUAUGUGGGAGGCAAACUCCUAAUUUGAUAGAUCGAGUUUUGCAAUCCAUACUAUAAAAUGUAUAAUGCUAUAAUUAUUUUGGGUGUGAAUUGAGUUUUGUUUUUUAAUUGAAUAUUACUCUAGCUAAUCUCCUAUUGGUAGUCAAAAUGGUGUGUUUAUUUAGAUGAAUUAUGAACUACAUAGCUCUGAGCAUUAAUAAUUUUGUGUGAAUCAUCAGCUGUGGUAGGAAAGGGCUUCAUUGCAAAAGACAUGGCGUUUGUCAACAGUGCAGGACCAGCCAAGCACCAGGCAGUUGCCAUGAGGUCCGGCUCCGACCUCUCCGUCUUCUACCGCUGUGCAUUUGACGCCUAUCAGGACACUCUCUACGCCCACUCCAACCGCCAAUUCUACCGUGAAUGUGACAUCACUGGCACAAUCGACUUCAUCUUCGGCAACGCGGCCGUCGUCUUCCAGAGCUGCAAAAUCCAGCCGAGGCAGCCCCUGCCCAACCAGUUCAACACCAUCACAGCUCAAGGCAAAAAGGACCCUAACCAAAACACUGGCAUUUCAAUCCAGAAAUGUACAUUUUCUGCACUUAAUAGUAGCCUUACUGCUCAGACCUACCUGGGCAGGCCCUGGAAAGAAUACUCCACUACUGUUAUUAUGCAGUCUGAAAUUGGGGCCUUCCUGAACCCAUUGGGCUGGAUAGAAUGGGUCAGCAAUGUGGACCCACCCAGCACCAUCUUCUAUGCUGAAUACCGAAAUACUGGGCCUGGAUCAAAUGUGGAUAAGAGGGUUAAGUGGGCUGGGUACCGGCCUACUCUUACGGAAGACCAAGCCGGAAAGUACACCGUCGGAACCUUUAUUCAGGGCAGCGAGUGGUUGCCGGAUACCGAAGUUGUCUAUGACUUGUGAUCUUAUUCGAAGGUAAAAACUACAGUGUCAACGAGCAGAAGAUAAUUGGUUUUUUUUUUUUUUUUCCUUCCCUUUUUUUAUAUUAAUUUCAAAAUUUGUUUAAUUUCCACUUUAGAUUUGUUUGUUUUUCAUAUAUUUAUAGCAAGAAAAAGGAAAAUUACAUGCUGAUGAGUGAUGUCAAUUGAGUUUUAAAUUCAAAAUUAAAUUAAAGAGGAUGAUGUCAACUGAGUUUCUAACUGAAAAUUAAUUAAUGUGGAGAGAAUUU